AUGGAUGUCAAUCCAUAUCGAAAUUUUGUUAAUCUUCUUCAAAGUCAACAAGAUAGUAGCUUAGGUUUAGACUCUUCUGGUACUCAUCUAUUCGGCAGUGAAGCUAACGACGUUACAAACUUGGAAGAAGACACUCCUCUAAAGCGCAAGGAAAGAAGGACGUGGACGCCAUCGGAUGAUAUUGUGCUCAUCAACUCGUGGUUAAACAUGAGCAAAGAUCCCGUUGUUGGGAAUGAGCAACGGUCUGUUGCAUUCUGGAAACAAAUUGCAACGUACUUUUCGGCCAGUCCUAAGAUUGCUGCCUGUGAUAGAAGGGAGGCGGCUCAUUGUAAGAAACGUUGGCAUAGGAUCAACGACCAAGUAUGCAAGUUCUGUGGCGCCUAUGAAGCUGCAACACGAGCCAAAAGUAGUGGGAAAAAUGAGAAUGAUAUUCUCAAACUGGCCCACGAAAUCUUCUUUAACAACCAUCAUAAGAAAUUCACUCUUGAACAUUGUUGGAAGGAACUGCGCAAUGAUCAAAAGUGGUGUGAUCUUUCAAUUUCAAAAACUGAAGGAAGCUCAAAAAAGAGGAAGUUUGAGGACAGUUCACACUCAGCAAGUUCUCAAGCAAAUGUAACCGACACUGGUGAAGAUGAUUAUGUCACCAACCGGCCCCCUCGUGUGAAGGCUUCAAAAGGUCGUGGUAAGAAGCCAACAACUGAGCUCGAGUUUGAUGGCGUGUGGCCGCUUGUGGGGGUUCCUUCUCCAAUAAAGCUCGACCUUUUCAUUGCAGGUGUCCUUGGUCGCGAGUGA